AUGUCCAAGUCUGAGAGGAGGAGGACGUACGAGGUCGUGGUCCAGGAGCGGGGAUGCGACCUCCCGGGCGGCAUGCCGGCGGGUCCAUGGGAGAGCUUUGAAGAUGCCAAGGAGCAGAUCAGGUGGUGGGCGUCCCACCAGGACGUGGAAGGAGAGCCCUCCAAGGGCUUCACGGUCUGUGCGUCAGGAGGCGACCCGUCCAACCGAAGGCACGGGCGGCGCAACAGCCUCCUGUGCACGGCUACUCGCCUCAAGGGACCGGCACGGUGCAACUGGGGUCUGUUACUUGAAGAGUCCACAGCAGGGUGGAUUGUUCGCAAGGCGCACAAGGGGUGCGACCUGCUCAAGCACAGCCACGUCGGGAUCCCUGACGUGUCACACCUGCGCGCGCGCCUCCAAGGAGCAGGAGCGCAGCAGCUCGUCGGGGAGCAGGCGGAUGGCGAGCUCCCGAUCCGGCGCUCCCUGGAUGCCAUCAGGGCGGAAAGGAAGUGCAUCGUACCUGACAGCUUCCCCGCAGGGCCUUGGGAAACUUUCAUAGAUGCCAAGUAUCACAUCGGGCAAUGGGCCAAGGGCUUCGAGUGGGGGGAGGGAAAGGUCGGGUUUGCUGUGGUGGGGUGCGGGAAGGAGGAGGGAAACUCCGUGCGAGGGCCGCGACAUUCCUUGUGCUGCACGUGGUACAGGAAGAAGAACAACAUGCCGUGGAAGCGAUGCCCUUGGAGGAUCGACAUAGAGCUGUCGUCCGAGGGUUGGACUCUCCGCGACUCGGUUGGCCUGCAGGAUCUGUCCUACCACUUCCACGAUGAAGAGGCCAUGAGCGCUUGGAGGUCAAAGCAGCUGGCUGAAGAGCAGCAGGGCAAGGAAGAGUUGGUCUGCUUGAGGAGCGAGGAGGAGAUCAGGCGGCUCAGGAAGUGUGUGCUGCCGCAGGGGAUGCCGCAGGGGCCCUGGGACUCGUUUGAGCAGGCAAAGGCGAGCAUCAACCGCUGGACGUGCGACGAGAGCACUGGCGGAGGAGGGUGGGCGGUGAUCAGCAGCAGCUGGACUAAAUCGUCGUCCAAGAAGGGACAGAGGCAGUACCUGUCCUGCUUCCGGUCGGGGAGGCCGCAGGAGACCAGCUUCCAAGACAGCAUCGCCCUUUGCUGCGCUUGUCCCUGGAAGGUCGAGCUGGAGGAGGCGAAGGAAGGAUGGGUUGUGCGAGAUGCUCCCAUAGGAACUGACCUGAGUUUUCACAACCAUGACCUGAUACAGUCUGGUUCGUCCAUCUCUUCUCCAGCUCCUGAAAAUUUCCCCUCGUCCGUGGUGGAAUUGAUGAACAGGAAGGCUCUUGUCAAGCAGCAGAGGCUCACGGCAAAGACUCAAACGAUGGAGGCGAGGUCGUAUCUCCGCAAGCGAUCUCGUUGCGUGUCCAGAGCUCACGCUCGCGACCAUGUCUACGUGGCAGUGAGAGCUGAAGGAGAGGGAGAAAGAGGAGGCGGUGGCGGUGAUUUCGAAAUCCUUGGAGUCUUUGACAACGUCAAGGCAGCCAACCACAAGGCAGAACUUUCCUUCGCCGAGGUGUGCGGGAGGAAGACCGGAUGGAGGAAAGAAAGUCAGCUGGAGCAGGGAUGCUUCCGGGGGAUCGCGAACCUGAGAGAAAAGAGGCUGAGUGUGUGGGUGGAGAGAAAGAAGCUACGGUCAGAGGCCUUUGCGGGAGACCGUCGACAGGCAGAAGGGGCGAACUUUGUGUCGACCUUCGAGGGACAAGACUCGGAGGAGAACAGAGAGGAGGAAGAUCGACAAGAUGAGGAUGAAGCCAUGGAGACUGAGAUGGAGAGAAAGGCCCUAAACUUUCUCUGUUCGGCUCCCUCCGCCCUCCCUUCCUCGUCCUCCUCAUCUCAGAAGCAGCCUCCUCACACGCGCGUCAAGUGGCUCAACGGCGGAGGCGAUGCGGGAGCAGAGGGGUCGCGGUAUGCCGAGCACGCUGAUCUCCUUGCCGACCCGCUCCUCUCCUUCCCCGCACUGGUCUCCGAGCGAUCCUCCUUCCUCUUCAAGUCGAGCGAGGACUCGAGGGCGGCGAGCAAGAAGUUGGGAGGGUCGAGCAGCAGGGGUGUGCUGGAGACUAGCCUGCAGGAGGAGGAGCUCGCAGGCAUGGCAAGCGACCGGCCGAGCCCCUUGCUGUGUCCGUUGAGCUGGGAGGCCAACGCGUCUAUGCUGAACAAUAGCUGA